UGUGACGGACAAAUUAAUCCAACCACUUUCCUCUCUUUCUUCCCCCACAGUCCAAAACCCAGGCCAAGGCCAAGGGUCUUCCCUGUUCAUGGGAGAGAAAAUGAAGAGACCUUCAAUGGCAGAAGAAGGGUUUAGAGAGAAAAAGUGUGGAAGAUAUUGAGAAAGAAAAACUGGGUUUCUCGAUUCAAGGCUCGCCCAACAAAACCCGAGGCAGCCAUGGAUAUCGACAACGAAAACCCAUCUUCAAUGGAAGAUCAGGCAUCAUCAACAAGGAGACCUUCUCCUUCUCUGAAUUUGCCGCCGGGUAUGUCAAGAACGAAUCUGUCCAUUGAAACUCCGUCUCCUGCUUCGUCUUCUUCGUUCUCUUCUUUUCCCUCUGCUCGUCGCUCCCUGUGCUUCUUAAGCACCAGCCCAUAUGGAUUGAGCUCGCCUUCUUCGUCGAGAGUCACAUAUAGUGAUCGGUUUAUACCGAGCAGAUCUGGUUCGAACCUUGCCAAUUUUGCACUUAUCGACCGAUCAUCUUCUUCUCCUUCGACGUCUCAUAGCUCUAAUGGUGGUGAAGGGAAGGAGGAUGGUUCGGGGGUUUAUUCAAACUUGCUGAAGAGCGUGCUCUUUGGAGGAGAUUCGGGGGUGAUUUCGCCUGCAACUCCAGAGAAGAUAUUUGGGUUUGGGCCUGGAAAGUACUCGACUUUGAGCCCACCCAAUAGAAAUAUUUUGAGGUUCAAGACAGAGCAUAGGAGAAGUGGGUAUACUGAUUCGCCUUUUUCGCUUUCACCAGUUGGAGUUGAUGGGGCAUUGUCUGGGAUUGUUUCAACUCCUCCUAAGGCACCUCGCAAGGUCCCUCGAUCGCCAUAUAAGGUGCUGGAUGCUCCUGCUUUGCAAGACGACUUCUAUUUGAACCUUGUGGAUUGGUCGUCGCAUAAUGUACUGGCAGUAGGUUUGGGUACAUGUGUUUACUUGUGGAGCGCUAGUAGUAGUAAGGUGACAAAAUUGUGUGACUUAGGAGUGGAUGACAGUGUUUGUUCUGUUGGAUGGACACAGCGAGGGACCUACUUGGCUGUUGGAACAAAUCUUGGUGAAGUUCAGAUUUGGGAUGCAACUCGUUGUAAAAAGGUAAGGACCAUGGAGGGACAUCGCUUUAGAGUUGGAGCCUUGGCUUGGAGUUCAUCCUUAUUAUCAUCAGGAAGUCGAGAUAAGACUAUUUUCCAACGUGAUAUACGGGCUCAAGAAGAUUUUGUGAGCAAACUCACUGGUCACAAGUCAGAGGUGUGUGGACUCAAGUGGUCAUUUGAUAAUCGUGAACUGGCAUCAGGGGGAAAUGAUAAUAGACUUUUUGUUUGGAAUCAGCAUUCAACACAACCUGUUCUAAAAUUCAGUGAGCACACAGCUGCUGUGAAAGCCAUUGCAUGGUCUCCUCACAUGCAUGGGCUUUUGGCUUCUGGAGGUGGCACAGCAGACCGAUGCAUACGCUUCUGGAAUACGACCUCCAAUUCCCAUCUAAGUUGCAUGGACACUGGUAGUCAGGUAUGCAAUCUUGUUUGGUCAAAGAAUGUGAAUGAACUUGUUAGCACUCAUGGUUACUCUCAAAAUCAGAUAAUUGUGUGGCGAUAUCCAACCAUGUCAAAGUUAGCCACACUGACUGGUCAUACAUUGAGGGUGCUUUAUCUUGCCAUAUCGCCUGAUGGGCAGACUAUUGUGACAGGUGCGGGAGAUGAAACACUUCGGUUUUGGAAUGUAUUCCCUUCUCCUAAGUCUCAGAAUACCUCCCGUGAAAUAGGAGCCCGGUCUCUUGGACGAACACAUAUCCGAUAACAAGAAGUUUGGCCCCAUGUCAACCAAUUUGGCCAAAAUCUCAUAAACCAUUAACAGAAGAAAAGAGAACCAUUAUUAACAGAAGAAAAGAGUGCUUCCAUUUCAAUUCAACUGAUUUGAGUCUCUCUCUCUCUCUCUCUCUACUAACUGGUGACCUUGAUGAGACACUACAUGUCACGUUGUGGCACCCGCCACCCCGAGAGGACCACUGCCUGGAGCUCUCUUUCUCACUGACACACACCCACGCAGCCAGUUGCAUCAGCUUCUUGAUGGCGGCCAAGAAAAGGGAUCUUCUCUACCAUACCUACGAUUUGGUUUCUUAAUCCUUCCAAGGAUUUCAGCUAAAUGGGCAUCCAUGCUAAUUGUAAUAUUGACAGUUCUCUUCGAGAUGUAGAUAUCAAAGUGGGGUGGAGUUCAACAGGUUACUGCCAUACAUAAAACACGAUGGCCCUCUUUUGUCUUUUCCAAUUAUUUCCCUCUUGGGUCAGUCAAAAACAAAAUUUUGUAUCAUAUUUAUGUAACUUUUCCAUUUAUGAAGCUUGAGCCUGUCCCAUGAUUAAUCCAGGAAUGUUGUCGUUUGUGAU